AUGCAAGAAGAACUAGGGAAGUUCAUCAGGAAUGAAGUAUGGGACCUAGUUCCUAGGCCUGAAGGGAUGAAUAUUAUUGGCACAAAAUGGAUUUACAAGAAAAAAUCUGAUGAAAAUGGAACUGUGAUAAGAAACAAGGCUUGGCUUGUUUCUCAAGGAUACACUCAAAUUGAAGGGGUGUAUUUUGAUGAGAUCUUUGCACCUGUUUCUCGUCUUGAAUCCAUCAAAAAUGCUCUUAGGAGUGUCACAUAUACUAAAAUUCAAGCUAUUUCAGAUGGAUGGUAUUGUGAUGCAGAUUGGGCAAAUAAUGUUGCUGAUAGAAAAAGUACUUCUAGAGGAUGCCUCUUCUUGGGAAAUAAUUGUAUAUCUUGGUUCAGACACGUUCCUACUAAAAGGAGGCCUAGAACACCUACUGGGAAAAAGGCUAGGCCUUCAAUUAAACCUCACUCUAUGACUAGUUUAUAUCUUGAUCCAAUUAAAACCAUGUAUGUUAAACCUGAUGUUGUUGCAUCGACUAAAGGUUUUGGUGUUCCAAAAUCAGUGGUUAAGUCCCUUGAAAAAUCUAAAGCCAAAGAUGAUACUGAUAUCAAAUCUAUUGAUAUAUCUGACAAAGAAGAGAAUGUUGGUGUAAAGAAGGAUCAAUCCACAAACAUUGUAAAUGUAGAAGAUCUGGAUUGUGAUGAUGAGCCCAUUGGUAAGAUAUUUUCUCUAUGGAUAGCUAAGAGGUUAAAGAGUAGAAAAGGGAAGGUUGUUGAGUCUACUAGCAAGUCUCCCAAGGCACCAAACAAAAGUACAAGUGUUGGUCCCGCAAAAAGGUGGAGCGAGAUUAAUGUUCAAGACAUCACGCCUCUAAACAAAUCUGGUGGGGAAAAGGUCCUUGCUAAUGUGCCUGAAGUUCCCAUUGACAACAUCUCUUUUCAGUAUGUUGAGAAUGUUGAAAAAUGGAAGUUUGUGUACCAAAGAAGGUUGGAUUUGGAAAGGGAACUUGGCAAGGAUGCCUUUGAGUGCAAGGAAGUGAUGGAUCUGAUUAAAGAAGCAGGGUUGAUGAAAAGUGUCGCUAGUUUUGGAAAGUGUUAUGAGAUGCUUGUAAAAGAGUUCAUUGUGAAUAUUUCCAAUGAGUGUGACAACAAGAGGAGUAAGGAGUUUAAAAAAGUGUAUGUGAAUGGAAAAUGUGUGGAUUUUUCUCCUGAAAUCAUUAACAGGCUCAUGGGCAGAAGUGAAAAGGAACAAGCUGAAGUAAAGGUAUUUGACAAUGUCAUUUGCAGGGAAAUCACUGCAAAACAGGUAAAGGAAUGGCUAUGA